AUGGCAAAAAACUAUGGAUCACUUGUCAAGGAGGCCAUUGUGAUGCUCGACAAGUACACCGCUGGCAAACACACCACAGAAGACUUUACUGAAGAUGCUACCAAAAAUCUGCAGGGUGUGGACGCUCAGGAUAAGGAGUUCCUGAUUGUUGUGGUCUCAGGAUGUAUUGAGCAUAAAAAAUUAUUGGACAUAGUCAUCAACCCCUUCUAUGCCCACAAUCCAAAACACAUACCAAAACAACAUCACAGCCAACUUACAGUGAUCUGCUACCUCAUUAUAUUUCACCUUGAUGAUCUCGGACUUCCGGUUUACAGUAACAUUGUCAGCUGCCUGGACUUUAGGAGCAUGCACACUUUCCUCAGUUUCUUCUUUGAACACCUCACCACUUGGAUACAAGAUGAGUGGACUUGCAUGUACAAUGCUGAAUAUGUGAUGGCGCACUGGAUUGAUCCUCUGCUAAGAAGGCGCUCUAAAAUUGAGACACUCUUGGAGAAGCUUGAAGCUAGAGAGAGGGGAGAGAGGGCUUCACCCAAAACUACAAAGCCAGUGGAAUUCUCUUUUUCAAAACGUAAACCACAUUAUCCACCUCAGCCUACACUCAGCCCACCACCGGAAAAACACAGAGCAAUACCAAACAGCACAUACAAGAUUGGAAAAGAUGUAAAAAUAUUAGAAGAGAAGAAGCAAAGGAACCAUCAAAUAAUGGAGGAUUUGCUGCAUGAGGCAACAACGACAUCAUUCAGAUGUGCAAACCUAAACAAAUCUGACCACCCAGAGAAAGUAAUGUCCCGGAUAAAAGAAGAGUUGGACUCCAAGCUCAAGAUCAGUUCAGAACACAGAGGUCAGCCUUCUCCUGUUAAGAAAAAGUGGCCCGUGAAACUCAACAGUGCCACCAUCCUGCGACAGAGGGCGCUAUAUGAACGCAAUGUGGAGGAGGAGCUCCAGAGAUUAGAGACGCUGGCGGCGGGAGCGCACGAGUCUUCUUCUUUUCAUCAAUGGCAAAAAGAAAUGCGUGAAAAAGACCAACAGGAACGGUUAGCAAAGAUUGACCAGAAACAUGCAGAAAUCCUGCUUGGCCAAUAUGAGAAAAUUAUCAGCCGCACAAAAGCAGUAGAACUUAAAAAGAAGGCUGCUCUGCUCAAAAAAGAAGAGGCAUCUGAACUGACUCUGAAAAAGGACCAAAGAAGGUUGCAAGAGGUAAAUGAAAAGAGAGACUUAGUGCAACAAGUAUCAGAGAACUUUAAAAAGAACCCUAAAGAAGCUAAAGAGAUGGUGAUGAAGUUCAAGCAGAGUGUAGCAAAAGAAAUAACACAGCACAGUCAAUCGCUCCUCCUUCAAGCACAAGAAGAAGCCCAGGCAGAGCUCAACAGGAAAUUUCACACCAUCAGUGAACUCCAUACCAUUGAAUAUGUUCCUCUCAUUAGGUUGAAAUAUUUUGAUGACACAGAGCAUGCGGGCCAUGAACUGCUAGAAGAGAUGUCACACGUUGAGCUGAAGGAACGGCUGUUCUUCAUAAAGGAAGCAGAGAUGAAUGAGCAGCAGAAGAAGCGCGAGUGUAUCCUGGAGGAGAAACAGAAAAAGAAGCAACUGUUGUUGGACGUCGAGGACACCAUCAGCCUCCACAAUAAAGCCAGGGAAGCAGCUACUACCAUCAGAAAAGAGGAGGAGAAGGAAGUCAAGCUAAGAUUGCAGCAGACUCGAGAGGAGACGUUGGUGGCUCUGCGAAAAAAGUGUGAGGAAGUGAAACAUAGGUGCCACAAACUAAAGCAAAGUCAACUGAACCAGACUAACUGCUCAAAGCAGAAGAUAAGCUGGGAAGACAUGGAGCAGCGCUUAGAGCAGUAUGUCGAGAGGAAAAACCCUCAAAAUAUUUCUCAAAAGGGAACAUUGAAAAAAUAAUGUUGAGUUUUAGUUUAAUCAUUUAGCAUUUAGCACAUAGCACAUUAAAACCCCAGUUGGCCAAAGUCCAGUACAUUAUUUAAAAAAAAUGCAAAGUAGGGCUGGGCGAUAUAUCAAUAUACGUGAUAUAUUGCGGGUUUGUCUCUGUGCGAUAUAGAAAAUGACUAUAUAGUUGUAUUCGAGUAUACGUUCUCACGCAGUUGCUUUAAGCUGAGGGCAUUACAUUACAGGCUCUUCCCACUCCUUGUGUCUCCUCCUCGCAGACAGUAAGCGCACAUUCUUACAUCCGUCACAUACUGUCACGUCAUACGUCACAUACGUAUACGCCCUCGCGGAGUAGAGAGGUAGCAGCAUGGGUAAUGUUAGCUGUGAUGCUAGCGGAGUCCUGCGAGUGUUAAUACGAGAGAAAGAAGGUGCGAAGGUGGAAACAAAUGUAGGAAGAAUUAAUUCCCAAGAAAAACAGAAGGGGUCCAUCGUCUGGCGGUGGUCCGGCUUCAAGCGGGAAGAUGUCGAAUAGACAACUUUAAUUUGACAAGUGUGGGGCACAAGCGUUGCUACCAGAAGUAGCAUUACUGCUAAUAUGUAGCAUCAUUUGAAAAGUCACCUGCUAGUAACUGUUUAAUAAAUACAGUUUUGGUCAAUUCACUUAGUUGUGAUUUCCUUCUCUGUAUGAAAGUUUAAAAUGAGUAUAUAAUAAUGCAGGAUGAACAAGAAUGUUUUAAUGUAUACACAUAGAAUCAUCAUACUGCUGUGAUUAUUUGUAUCAAGUGUCAAUUCAAGGCUAAGGCAAAAUAGCCUUAGCCUUAGAUAUGGCCUAAAAAUAUCAAGAUAUUAAAAAAAGGCCAUAUCGCUCAGCCCUAAUGCAAAGCACUGUCACAUUUACAUUUCAACACAGCAGGAAGAAUAAAAUACUGCAAUAGCACUUAUAUUUCAAAGGAAAACAGCGUAUAGUUCUACUAACUUAUAUCUUUCAGUAGACUCCAUGAGGAAGUGCUAAAAACUACAACAUGGCUGACGGAGAGAAGAUGCAGUCAAAGUGGAGAGGCACGUAAAUAGGACCGCCUUCAUACCGCCGCAGCCUGAAGAGACGGUCAGAGAGUGGCUUAAACACGGUCUGUAAAACAUAAUCAUGCAAAAUUUUGACCAAAGAACCACCAUUACAUGUUAUGUAGACCACAAGGUAGUGUUACUGUAGGCGUACUAUGCUACUACUGUAUUUUAAUGUUGGUCAUUAUUGUGGUACUUGGACAGCUAAAUGUUUUCUGAGGUGGUACUUUGUGAAAAAAGUUUGACAACCACUGUAUAGAAAAAGAAAGGCUAUUCAACAGUCUAGGCCCUGCUACCAAAAAGGCUCGCUCUUCUGCUUUUGAGCCUAGGCCACCUCAUCGCAGGGACAACCAUUCACACUCACAUUCACACACUAGGUACAAUUUUUUUUAGUGUUGCCAAGUAGCCUAUCGCCAGGUGCAUGUCUUUAGAGGUGGGAGCAAGCCAGAGGACCCGAAGGGAACCCACACGGUCAUAGGGUGAAAAUGCAAACUCCACACAGAAAGACAGAGCCCUGGAAUCGAACCCAGGACCUUCUUGUUGUGAGGCACGCGCACAAACAACUGCUCCACCAUGCUGACCACUUAAUAAAAUCAAAAAUUAUGAAAAUGCAACAUUUUAAAUCCUACUUUCCCGGCUAAAAACAUUGCCAAAACAAAUGAAUAGUGUCCAAAGCAGAUCGAGAAAGACUCUUCCAUGCCUUUGUCUCCAGUGUCCCUAGACUAUUGCUACUGGUCUUCUCACACAUGAUUCUUGUCAAUCCACCAGGUGGAACAGCUCUCUAAGGUGUGAUUAUUCCUUUUCAAUUGCAGACUAAUGAACAGAUUUACUCUGAUACAGGUGUAAGCUUUGGAAAUGAUUUGGGGAUUCCAUAGUUUCUUACAAUUGAGAGAAUCUAUUUUUUUUAUUCUGCUUGAUAUAAAAAUAAAACUGUUACUAUUAUAAAUUGAUACUUGAUUUGAUUGUUUCUUAAGCCAGAAAGUU